ACUUUUGCUGAACGGGAUGCACACUCGACUGGAGCAAUGGAGCGCGCUUGAGGCAUCUUGAGGUUGCCAUGGGCGGUGGCGCCAGCUUGCCUCAGUGCGCACCGGAAACAGCAUGGCUUAUGGCUAUGGUGGACUGCGAAAGGCGUGAGAAGCAGUGGCUGGCGGAGCGCUACGAUGCCAAGUGUGCGGAGGCAAAGGUGCUCGAGCAACAGCUGGCCUCGCUGCAGCUUCAGCUCGCGGUGGCGCCUGAACCAUUGGCACCUGUCUCGGAGACCCACGCGCAGGAGGGCGGCGCUUUGAGCCCAGCCAGCAGCUGCAGCCCGUUGAGCCCGUCGCUGAAGGAGCGCCGCGGGCUGAAGCUGACGCUGGACACGGCCUCAGCGAACCAUCGGAUUCCCGUGCACGCGCCGGCCCCGAGCGCCCCCAGCGCACCGGUGAUCGCUGUGAUCGAGGCCAACAAGGCUGAGGCCCUGGGCGCAGACAACAAGAAGGAAGCCCCUGCGCGCCGGCAGUCGCAGCCGAACUUAGGGCCGGCCCCGCCUUCACUCCUGGCAAAGGCGCGGCUACACCGCCUCAGCGUGGCGGGCUCUGCCAGCAAUCUGGGCUCAGUGCUUGGCCAGCUGCAAGUCCAGGCUGACAAGGUUUCAGUUUUGGACGCGCCGGCAUCUCCCAAGCGGCUGAUUGCAUCUCAAUCUUGGGCUUGACUGGACCUCUCCAAGGAGACCUAAGCCACACCUGAACGGCCUAUGUGCAGCGAGAACGUCAAGCAGAGAAAAAAGCAAUGAAAUGAAGAGGACCUUUGAAUGGCUCACCUCUGACAUUCUCCUGAGUUCAGCCGACUUGCUCCAAAGCUACUCUUUACAGGCGGCUUUGUGGCAGUUUAUUUCAGUUUGCACGCGUUAUUAGUGCUAUUUUCAGCAUGCCCGAUGUGUUUUGUUAGUGCUUUCUGCGACAAGCAAACUUUGCUUUGCGCAGACGUUUGGCCAGACUACGCUAAGCGUAGUUACUCGCCCAAAGCGCUAGCCC